AUGUCCGAUAAAAUCACAAUUGCAGGACGAGAGGUCGGUACGACCGGAUUCGGUCUGAUGGCCUUCACCGGCAGACCCUUCAUAAUCCCUGACGCCGAAAUAUUCGCAUCAAUCAAUACCUCCCUCUCCCACGGCGCGAAUUUCUUCGUCUCAGGAGAAUUCUAUGGUCUUCGUGAUCCAGCAGAUAACUUACAUAUGCUCAAGCGGUACUUCACCGCGCAUCCAGAGGCGGUGGAUAAAGUAGUUCUUUCCGUCAAGGCGGGUAUGAACUGGGUCACUCGUACUCCGGAUUCUAGUCCUGCUGCCUUACGUGCUUCCAUUGACAACAUCCUGGAGAAGACGGGGAGGGAUAGGAUUGAUGUGUUUUGCAUUGCGAGGGUGGAUAAAACUAUACCACUCGAAGAGAGUUAUAAAGUGGUGAAAGAGUAUAUUGAUACCGGAAAGAUAGGAAGCUUCUGUCCGAGUGAGUGUUCCGCCGAGACGAUCAGGAAGGCGGUCGAUAUCCUCGGAAAGGAGAACAUCUCCUGUGUGGAACUGGAGGUAUCACUCUGGGCUACAGAAAUAUUUGAGAAUGGAGUAGCAGAAGUUUGUGAAGAGUUUGGUAUACCCAUUGCGGCGUAUUCACCGCUCGGGAGGGGGUUUUUGACAGGACAGUUUAAGAGUGCAGAUGAUCUGCCUGAAGGUGAUAUGAGGAAACAUUUUGAUCGGUUUAAGCCGGAGAAUUUUGAUAAGAAUUUGAGACUUGUGGAGAUGGUGGAGGGGAUUGCGGGGAGGAAAGGGUGUACGAGUAGUCAGUUGGGGUUGGCGUGGGUUAGACAGGUUGGGGGUAGAUGGGGCAAGGGUGGAUUGAAGAUUAUUCUUAUCUUUGGUGCGACAAAGCAGGCACAGGUUGCUGAGAACCUUCAAUCGGUCGAGUUGACGGACUCUGAAAUGGAUGAGAUUGAUGGGAUUCUUAAGAGCUUUAAACCUACCGGAGGAAGAUACUUUGGACACCUGGAGGGAAUGUUAUACCAAUAA